GGGACGCGGGGCGGGGCGGCCGGGCCCGAAACGGAGUCCGGGUUUGUUGUUGUUGCCCCAGCGGCUCCUCAGUCGCCUCAGCCGCGCCGCCGCCGCCAUGUCCAGCCCUCAGGAGCUGCCGCAGCACAACAACAACAACAACCCGCCGGCGGACGGGACGCACGGCGAGCCCGGCCUCAACAGUUCCUGGGUGGAGCUGCAGAUGAACGGCAACGGCAACGGGAACGGCAACGACGGCGGCAAGAACGGCGGGCUGGAGCACGUCCCGUCCUCGUCCUCCAUCCACAACGGGGACAUGGAGAAAAUCCUGCUGGACGCCCAGCACGAGUCGGGACAGAGCAGCUCCAGAGGGAGCUCCCACUGCGACAGCCCGUCACCUCAAGAUGAUGGACAGAUAACUUUUGAUGUGGAAAUGCACACAAGUAAAGACAGUAGUUCUCAGUCCGAAGAAGAAGCAGCAGAAGGAGAGAAAGAAUUGGAAAUUUUGAAGAAAAGUGCAGACUGGGUGUCAGACUGGUCAAGUAGGCCUGAAAACAUUCCUCCCAAGGAAUUCCAUUUCAGACAUCCCAAACGUUCAGUGUCUCUAAGUAUGAGAAAAAGUGGAGCAAUGAAAAAAGGUGGCAUUUUCUCAGCAGAGUUUCUAAAGGUUUUCAUUCCAUCUCUGUUCAUAUCUCAUGUUUUGGCUCUGGGACUAGGCAUCUACAUCGGGAAACGCCUGACCACACCCUCAGCCAGCACCUACUGAGGCUCGGAGUGCAAACCUGGACCCCUGACCCGUGCAGGUGUUGCUGUCUCAUCCAGUACAUUUGACUUGAGACCAUUUUAAGCAUGACCCUGACUCCACCCUCCCCUUCCGUCUCCAGGUUUUUGCUAACUCUGGAAUUCAGUAUUGUGUUGGAACUCUGGUGAGGUGUUUGGCUAUCCACAUUCUUUCCCUCUCUCCCAUUUUCCCCCGUCUCCUGGGCCUGCAAGACACGGCAGAGUUGCUGGGUGGAGUUUACAACUUGUCUCUAUGUUGCAAGGGCUUCUCUCAAUGCAAAAUGCCACCAGCAAGUUUAAUUUUAGCAGUGAUGCUGUUGCCUCCUUAGUGCAACCUGACUUCAGUUGCAGUUCAGUGCAUGGUGUAAGUGUUGACUGCAUGGUGGUGAUAAAACAGUGUCUUGAAAAGGAAAUCGCUGGAGUGGAAGAGAGUUUUUCUUUUGUAAAAAUUUUUUAAAAAUUCCAUUUAUUUAUGGAAUAAACUAAGAAAUCGCUGGCAAUAAAGAUCCAGUUUAAAUCAGCUUUUGGGGGGAAUUUGCUCGGCCCCUUUCAUUGGCUAACAAACACCAUUUGAAUUACAGGACGCAAAGACUGCAUAAAUUUUAAAGUAGGAUAACUAAAUCCAUCAGCAUAUUUUAAUACUAGGCAAUUGUUGUAAUCUUGUCUUUUCUAUGAAGUCAGCUCCUUAUUCCUUGUAGGAAAACCUGUCUGAUACUUAGGAAACAUUAGAAAAAUCGCAUUGUUUGCAUGUGAAGAAGCUUUUUUUUUUUCUUUACCCAUUUUCUUAAGGGAAAAUUUUCGACGUGAAAUUUUCCUUUUGAAAGUAGUUCUGAAUUAAGGAAAAAACCCCAACAGCUGUAGUGUAGGUAGGCUGUGUGUAAAAGGAGAUUAUUCUGUUUGUGGUGGAACCAUUGACAGCUCCAAGGAUCCGGCAGGAAAAGCGUUUUUCUCAUCCUCGGGGGGGACAAUCUUGCAGGUGCAAAAAGGUUCAGGAGUUUUAAAAGCUCUGCAAAAAUGAAUUUUCAAUAUUCCUCUCUCUUAUUGUUUACUGUACAAUCUCCUUUUUGGGGAUACUUGGAACCUGCAAGUCACUUGUGAUGUCUCAUGUUAGGGGUAGAUUUCUCACUGAUGUUGUUGAAUUUUAUCUUAGGGAACAUUAAAGCCUUGUCCUCCUUCAGUGACACUUCUUUUCAAAAUGUGAAGCUUUAGUACCAAAUUGUUACAAAGCAUCGGGACGGUCACGUCCUCAAAUAGAUUUUAUUGGAUUUCAGAACAUGUAGCAUGAACUCUGAAGGAUAGAAUACUCUUUUUAUAUAUAUAUAUAUAUGAAUAUAUAUAUAAAAAUAUGAUAUAGACUUUAAUACUAAGUAUUUAGGGAACCAAUGCUAAUUUUAAGACUAGCAAAAAUCUCGUUUAAAUAAAAACUUUAGUAGGCUGACUUGUAGAAAAUAAGAAAACCUCGUCAGCCAUUUGGAGAAAACAGCUACCUAUAAUUAUUUGCUUGCAUCAGACUUUAUAAAGUUAAUUAUUUGAUAGAGCAAUGAUUGAUGCAUAGAAGCUAAAUCCCAGCUGAGAUUUGGGUUAAAAAAAAACUUUAGUUAGUUCCCAGGAAGUGAAAAAGUUAAGUAUGGACCCACUGCUACACUGUAUUUAUUUUCAUUCUCUACUCCUGAAUGCUGUCAGAGAAUGCUUCAGGGUGGACAACAAAUCCUCUUGAGCAAUCUGCUUUAUUUUCUUCUUUUAGUUGUGAAUCCUUAGUGGCACUGGAGCUGCCCAAAGUGCGGGUUUGUUUUGGGGCUGGAUAUUGGGUUUCACCAGAGGUGGGGGUGGGUGGAGGGUGUUUUAGAGAGCACCAAAAUCUUCAUUUUACAGCCCUAAAAUCCGAGGGGACAGGAGAAAGGCUGGACCGCUCUGAGUUCUGACACAGCACCUUGUUUUGUAUGAAAUGGAGGAGCGGAAAAAGAGAUUUUUUCCUAAGUAGGGAACACUUUUUAAAGAGCAAAACCCAAUAAAUCACCCGUUUCUAAAUAAAAAGGUGAUUUUUCAGAAUAUCUGAUCAAUAACAGUGCAAGCUUGUGGCUGGAGCAUGAAGAGCACUGGUGGGAUUUGAAAUAAAACCUGUGAAAAAGCCCCGUGGUCGCUGUAACACUGGCUGGGAUCAAUGCAAUAUUUAUUGCAACCCUCUUCUAAGCAUUGCAGGAAAAUCUGCAGCUUCCAGUUUUACAAUGAACAGCAACGGAGUGUUGGAUCAUUCCAAAAGGGGUUUCAGUUCCUGAGAGUGGAAGUUUUGUUAAGAUAAAUGUUGUUUAAAAAAAAGCUUUAUACCUGUUUACAGUUUUGGAAAAAAAAAAAAAGGAAAACAAAACAAAAAAAAAAGUAGGCUUUGUUUUUCUUACACUUCAGUGAAAACUGGCCUAGGCUAUUUGUAAAUAGGAUCAAGAAAAAAAAAUGCAUAAACUCGCACAUUCAAGAUGCAGGCUGACCUAACUGCACAAAUACAGAUUUACUGACCGUUUUCAAAAGUGAAAGAUUGUUCAAAAUUCAAAUUUUUUAAUUGACCUUUGUCGAGAAAGAUUGGAGUUAACUGAGCCAAAGUGAUUAUGCAUUCUUCAUAAAUUAGUUAGCACUUUGUACCAUUAUAUACAGUUUACAUGUAUAAGUUGUAGCUUACAAACAUUUUGUGCCAUUAAAGCUCUCACAAAAGUGGUUGUCUGAAAUCUCUUCGUGCUGCGCCUUUCUUUGCUUUCUCCUCUCUCCCUUUUUUUACAGGUCUGCUUUUUAAAAUGUUUUAUGGAACUCUUGUUCUGGGUGACACGAACAUUGAAGCUGCUGUUUAUAGACUGGAAUAAUUUCUUUUUUUUUUUGGAAAGAUCACUUGGGUUUGUUUUUAUUUUGUUUUUUAGUGACCUGGGAUCAUCCGCUUCAUUUCCUGAAGCGCUUAAUAAAAGUAUUUCCCCUGCUUGGCCUCGUGUACCUUCUCCAAAUCCUCCAGUACCUUGUCCAGGAGAACUCUGAAAGGAAAAUAAUGUGGUGGCAUUUGAAAUGUAAAAUAGAAUCACUGAGAUUUUGUAUGAUUGGUCAACUCUAUUGUAUUCCUUGUAUUUCUCUUCUGUUCCCUAAUUGUGUUUAAUUUGCAGAUUAAAGAGGAAGGGAGAUAAACCCUGAUUGUUAA